AUGAAGCCUGACGCACUCGUGCCCGAGAUCUGUGUCCAGCACGAGACACCCGCCAUUCCCCUGGUCGAUAUCCGUGCUCCAGAUGUUUACGAUCCUCUCGCUCCCGCAGCAACCAGACUCAGAUACAUGGUUAAGAACAGCGACCACAUUAUUAAGUGCCCUGGCGUGUACGAUGGUCUAUCAGCCCGGAUUGCCAUCGACGUCGGCUUCGAGGGAAUGUAUAUGACUGGAGCCGGAACUACUGCAUCUCGUCUUGGACAAGCUGAUCUUGGUAUUGCUCAGCUUCACGAUAUGCGCACCAACGCCGAGAUGAUCGCCAACCUCAGGCCUGACGGCCCACCUUUGAUUGCAGACAUGGAUACUGGCUACGGCGGCCCCCUCGUUAUCGCCAAGUCCCUUCAACAAUACCAUCUCGCUGGCGUUGCAGGCUUUCACAUUGAAGACCAGAUUAUGAACAAGCGGUGCGGCCAUCUUGCUGGAAAGGAGGUUGUGGACGUUGAGACAUAUAUUCAACGUAUCAAAGCAUGUAUCGUAGUGCGCAGGCAGCUCCGCUCCGACAUUGUCAUCAUUGCGCGUACUGAUGCCCUCCAAUCUAAAGGCUUCGAUGACUGCAUCGAGCGUCUGAAACGGGCCCGAGCUGAAGGGGCUGACAUGGGUAUCCUCGAAGGUGUCAAGACGAAAGAGCAAGCUGCGCUUGCGGCCAAGCUUCUUGCUCCUUGGCCACUGUGCUACAACAGUGUUGAGAAUGGCCACUCGCCAUUGAUUACAGCGCAAGAGGCACACAAUAUGGGAUAUAGGGUCAUCAUCUACAGCUUCGCUAGCAUCAGCCCCGCGUACGUCGCUAUCAAGAGUACGUUUGAGUGGUUACGGGAGACGGGUAUGACGGGGAGUUCUGUCACGCCUAAGACAAUUUUCAAUGUUUGCGGGUUGGCAGAAAGCAUUGUUAUCGAUGAGGCGAGCGGUGGAACGGCAUUUGCAAAGGGUGUGUAG